AUGGAAAAAUUAGCAAAUCUUACUCAAAAUGAUAUUGAUAGUGGUGUACUUAAUCGUAUGCUAGUCAAUGCAGGUAUAUCUGAUGUUCAAGAAUAUGUAAAAAAUUUUCAUCAAGAAACAGAAGAAUUACUAACCGAAGAAUUUAAACAUCCUGAUCUAAAUCGAACAAAUAAUGAUGAACAAAUAGCUCCACCAGCCGAUGUUCAAAGUUGGAUCAUGGGUUUACGACUUCGUCUAGAUGAUCCAAUUCAACCACCUUUACCUAAACAACAAGAACCACAAAAACAACAACCAAUAGAUGUUCAAAGUUGGAUGCACGGUAUGAUACCUGAUAAUAUGCAUCCAUCCACAGACAAUACUGCACCAGAAAUAAGCACUACUUCUAGUGAAGAUUCUGCUGUAACUGGUAAUCUAGGAACUUGGCUUACUGAUUGGUCAAAAAAUCUUAGUGAACAACCACCACCAAAAUCUUUAGAUGAUUGGUUACAAGGCUUAAUACCUAACAAUAUGCAAGAGCCUAUUGGAAAAGCAAAUAGUUCUAAAGUUCGAUUAAAUAGUUAUUUAAAUGCUGCUCAAAAAGUACUUUCUGAACAUGGUUAUAAUGUUUCAAAUGAAAUCAAACCUUCAAAUAAUAUUCCAACGAAAGUUGGAAUGUUUGGAAAUGUUAAACAAAUGUAUUUUCUUUGGAAAACCUUAGAUAAAAAUAAUGACAGAAAAAUAACAGUUGAAGAUGUUCAAAUAAUGCUUGAAGAGAUGGGUCUUGGUUUUCUUAGUAAAUAUGUUGGUCAAACAUUAUUCGAUAUGGUAGAUUCAAAUCAUGAUGGUACACUUCAAUUUCGUGAUUUUAUUGCAUUGAUGAGCAUUAUCAAACAAUUGAUGAGUGCUGUUGCAUCAGCAAAAGCAUAA